AUGGAGUUCUCUUCAGCAUUCACCUUUCGGCAACAGCCUCAGGAAAACGAAGAGUCCACUAGUGCAGAGCCUAUUCCCGUUCUAUCCCCUGGCAUUCACUGCCCUCACUUUGCGGGAUUUAUAGCAGUAUCCUUCGCAAAUGGUCAUAACACUAUUGGCCUGCAGCCUGUGAUAUCGAAUGCCGCCCCCACAUUCCAAGAUGUAUCCCUUGGCGGUGGCUCGUUCGACGUUCGAAAAGUCAAAGCGUCUUCCUUUCCGAUUGGUCUGGGUACGGAAAUCUUGAAAGACCGCAAAUAUGUCGCCGUUAAACAUCCAAGAACGCAGGAUGAUGGUUCUGUAUCAUUUGCCGACAUAGCUUUGGAGCUACAGAUCUUGAGGCACCCUCCUGUCCAGAAACAUGAGAACAUCGUUGACUUAUUGGCUGUCAUGUAUCAUGAUACCGGAAACAAGGAGGGUAUAACUGUUGUUCCCGCUCUGGUGCUUGAAUAUGCUGAGUAUGGAAGUCUCAAGUCAUAUCAAGAAGCAGGCUACGCACGGUCGCUGCAUGAGAAGCUACAAGUUGCUAUCGAGACAGCCAGAGGGCUUGAAGGCCUCCACGAAGCAGGAAUUGUUCAUGGUGAUGUCAAGCCCUCCAAUCUUCUCGUCUUCAAGCAUCCAACCAAAAAGAUCGUUGUUAAACUCAGCGACUUUGGCUUUGCGAUGCCAAUGCAAGGAGGCCAGCUCAUCGGAAGCACCGAGGUCUACCGUGCACCUGAGGCAGAGACAGCACAUUUUAAUAGCCGCUACCUUCGCCAGCAAGACAUUUACUCUUUCGGCUUGACGUUAUGGACGAUUAUCGGCGACGGAGUGGCUUACCACAGCACUUUACCAGACGGCGAUAAGCUGGAGAGUAUUUGGAAACUUAAAAAGACUAACCUGAUAGCGAGCCUUGCUACUUUCAAUGUCCUACAUCGUCUGCGAAACGAGAAAUAUCCACUCAUGACUCUUGCGAAACUCAUUCUCACAUGCUUGCAGUGCUCUCCAGAGAAGCGAUUUUCAGGCAUGUCUAAAAUUAUCGAUCAUCUCGAAAUUACAAGGUCUCUUGUUAACAGCACGGAUGGGUGUGAUACUGAAGAUGCCAGUGCUCUAAGAGCUGCACUUCCUACCUUCGAGAGCAUCGUGUACAGAGCCAAGAUCCCUACGACAGAUGAUGAGAGAUCCGAAAGGACUAUCCUCAAAGGUCUCACUACUGUGGUAUUUGCAUAUCUCCGCCAGGAGCUCGGUCUCCAGGACACCCCUUCAAGCAUUGAUCCAUGGCAGAUAUGUAAUAUGAUGACUCACUUCUUGCCAAAAGCACAUGAGCGUUACUAUUCCUCAUUCAGUCAAGACGAGGCUCCUUUUAUCGCUGCGCUCCAGGGAAUUUCAAAAUCGAGACUUGAGAAGACGAUGUCAGAGCUCUUACCUACCAUAUCGCAGCUCUUACCUAGGGAAGCAAAUCCAAGCGAAUCCAGUGGGACUCAGCCUAUUUCGGCUGUGAAUGCAUGUUUACUGAUCUUGGACUGUGUUGGUCUCUUAAAUGAGCCAUUCAACACCGAAUUGUUCUCAUUGGUUACCACCAAGUCGAAAGCAGAGCCGAUGCAGCUUUUUAAAGACCAAGACUUCAUCCCUAAUAUUCAGAAAAGCUCAAACAUCUUGCAAAAGACUCCAAAGCCCGUCAGGGUCGCUCUUUUUAACAGCCUAAAAUCUAUCUUUGAGACAUCCACUAAUCAGAACGAAAGAGCGCAAGCCGCUUUCAACAUCGCUGGUGCCUAUAUGGACGAUAUCGGAGUUACGUACGACCCAAAGCUAGCGGCUUACUAUAUUCGUCAAGCAGCCCAGCUCGGUUCCGACGAGGCCCGCACCCUCUAUAUAUCCAUAUUCUCUCACGUUCCCGACCACGAGGCUCUGGAUAAGGAGAUGUUACGUACCUGGCUCAUCGAUUCAGCCAAGGCCGGAAACCCAGUUGCCCUUCAGAAACUGAAAGAGAACUGGCCUUCCGACUGGCGACAGCUGAAGCAGAAGGUCCAGCUCGAUGAACUAACUCGUCUCGACGCUGACGCAAACACAGCUGAGGACUUGUUGUCCAUGUUGGAAGCCUUGUCCCUAAAUGAAGUCGAGUUCUCUUAUUCCAGAGAUCUACUUUUGUGGAGUAUUGUUAUGGAUAAGCCAGAUGUGACGGCCACCUGUCUAGAUCAAAACCAUAGGUUGACCCAAUUGGUCUUGCAGAAUGAGGAGACACCUUUACUCCUCGCGGCUCGUCUUGGUCGAAAGCUUGUUCUGGAGACGAUAUUGCAGCACCCCAGCUGCGGGGUUGCUGCACAGAUGGCGGACGAAAGAGGUAUAACGCCUCUUCACUGGCUCUGCUCCUUCGAAGAUGAAGACCAUGAAGCAAUCGCAAAACUUCUUGUCAGCAAAGGCGCCGAGCUCAAUUCCCCUGCUAGUACAAUAUCACGCACCCAAUAUGGAAUUAGUGUUGACGGAGAUGGAAUUCUGGCUCACACACCUUUGCACUGGGCUAUCACACAGAAAAGACUCACUGCAGUAGACGUUCUGCUUAAACUGGGUGCAGACCCAACAUUCUGUAUGGAGGUAGAGGAUGGGGAGGGGUCGCACCUCUCACCACUUGAACUGGCAUGUGGACUUUGCUACUCACCAGUUGUCGAACGGCUUCUUCAAGAGCCGUUAGUUCAGCCAGAGGCCAGCAAGCCAAAACCAAUGGUAGGUGGAGGCGAACUAUUGUAUUUGCCUCUUUUCCAUGUUAUAUCCGGAACCCCUCGUUGGCAGCGGCUGUUGACAUUGGGAGUCGACUUUGAAUUGGAGACAAAGAAGACCAUGAAAGCCCUGAUUGAGAACGGCGCACCUACUGAUGCUGUCUUGCAACUCGGGGGCAAUGUUAAGAUGGCAGCGGUGCUUGCAACGGCGUACCAUCAAUGCGCGGCAGACCUUAUGAUUUCAGGUCUGGAGUUCGGCUUCGCGAAUCAGAUAAACGCGACAUUCGGCAGGAUAUCCAGUGGAGGCUCGGCCCUCUUCCUGGCCAUUACGCAUGGUGAUCGUGAUAUGUUCAAAGCCCUUGUCGACGCUGGUGCAGAUGUCAAUGCGGUAGAUGCUGAUGGCCUGAACGCGCUGCACCGUGCUGCCAAAGAAACAGAUGACGUCUACUUCGUUGAGAAGCUUCUAGAAAAGGGCCUCCCAGUCGACCCUAUUACACCAGAGCCUUUCAGCGCUUUCUAUACUGCCACUUAUAGUGGAAAUCUUGCUGUUGCCCAGUAUCUCUUUGAUCAUGGCGCGGAUAGAGAUCGCAUUCCGACGUCGAUGAGGAAGAGCAUAAUGUCAGACAUGCUCUUAACAGGUACUAGGAAUGCCCUUCAUCGGGUCAAAUUCUUGCUCAGUCUUCCGGACCGCAAUGGCUCUGAUGGCUUCUUAGUAAACGUCGGCCAUGAUACCUUUUCCUUGUUCCACUUCACCAUUAAGUACAUGGGGGAAUUCGCUGAAGAUCAUGAGGUUGCUGGAAUUGCGAUUGUCGAGCUUCUUCGGAAGUACAAUACUCAAGACCAGCUUGACAACACAGCGGGACCCUACAAGAUGACAGCUAUAGCAAUAGCCGCCGAAUCUGGCAACUAUUUUGCCGUGAGACGAUUUCUCGAGUACAGAGCAAACCCAAAUAUUCCGGAUGACUAUGGCCGAACGGCAUUGGACCUCGUGUACCGGAGAUAUUGUUAUCCAGAAUGGCUUCCGGCUCUUAAAGAAGCAGAUUUGGACGAUGAGAAGGCGGUGAAUAAGAUUCUGCAUGCCGCGAAUGAAAAUACGACUGAGUUGAUGAGUCUCCUCAAGGAGCAUAAUGCUGAGACGAAGAGUUGGAGUGCGCCAUCAUGGAUUGAGACUGAUAGUGGAUUUCGUAAAUUGGACUGGGUUUUGGAGCGCCUGCGCAAAGAGCGCGGAUCUGAUGGGUAG